AUAAGAAGGAUAGAGAAGAGCUAGCUGCUGCCCAGGAACUGCAGGACCAGCUGUCAGCAUGUUUUCAGAACCAGACUACUGUGAAACAACUGGAAGAACAUGUGCAACGCCUUGAAAUUCAAAAUACCAAAUUGGAAGCCACUGUUCACGAACAAAGUGACAAGAUUGAAGCCCUGCUGAGAGACCUGCAAGCUUCUGCCUCAUUGCGGGAAGUGGAAGAAAAAUAUCUUAAUUCUGAGCGUUGUGUUCAGAACUUGGUGGCUACCUUGGAUAAGAAGGAAAGAGAAACAACAGCUACUGCCCUGAAACUGCAGGACCAACUGUCAGUACAUUUGGAAACUGUGAAACAACUGGAAAAACACAUGCAACACCUUGGAUUUGAAAAGAGCAGUUUGGAAGCCACUGUCCAGCAACAAAGGAACAAGAUUGAAGCCCUGCAGAGAGACCUGCAAGCCACUACCUCAGAAAAGGCAGCCAUUCAAGACUUCAUAAAACAAAGCAGACCCAGUCAUCAUGACUCACUGACCAACCAGCUAAAAGACAGAAUUAGAGAUCUUGAAUGUGAAUUGGAUAAAAUAAAAAACACUCAACAAGAGAGCACUUUACAAAAACAAUGCACACAGGCAGAAGUGGAAAAGUACAAGGAGCUAUAUCUGGAGGAAGUGAAAAUUAGCAAAUGCGAAGCAAAGGAACUGGAAAGGCAUGUCCAUAUUUUUUUGAGCGGUAAUAAUAACAGUGACUCCUGUUUCCUCAUCCACCUUCCUUCCAAAUCACACUUCUCCACAUGCUCAGUGUCAGGUGUAGAAGCAUGAGAUGGCGUAAUUCUGGUGAAAGACUCUUACCCUUCAUCAGACUUCUCUUAAUUUCUUUUUAGUGUUUCAGCAGCAACACCACAGUAGCAACAUUAUGGCAUUAACACCAUACUUUUCAAGUUGAUGUUGUUUUAACUGGCAGCUUUUUUAACAGUCUCUAUAAUCUCUUUAUCUGGCAUACCACACAAAAGAUUAAUUUCAUGUCCGUUACUCUCUGUGUAUGAAUAGGCCCCUCAGAGAACAGAACUGGAUUCUGUGAAGGAAAAACAGAAAUUAUCUCUUUUGAUUUCUGUUUAAGCAGUGGCUCUGAGUUUUCCUUGGGAAGGGAAGCCCAGAGUUGUUAUGGAGGUGACAUACCUUCCAGAAGAAGCUGUGUAAACACAUGGCUUUCACAAAAGGCUUUGAAGCCCUCAUGCUGAGUAGUCCUAAGCAUUGGUGACACUUGCUGCUCUUUGCACCCUAGUGUGACGUCUUAGAAACAGGCCCUCCAAACAAGCUCAGGUGAAAUGAUGGACUAUUUUUGGAGGCUCUUCAUCUCAGAAAUCAAAUAAUAGUCAAGAACCUAGAGAGUAACUUUGGUUACAAAGGUAAUUGUUUGUGUGCUUCCAAAU